CAACUCUAUGUCAAACUAGUCAAUAACAACUCUGUAACAGCUGUGCGGUCAUGUAAGCAAGCAAAACAAAAUGUCCAAACAAUAUGGUCUAAUACUUCCCGGACAACAAAAGAAACAACCCUCCCGUGAGGUAGCACGAGAAUUCACUAAACCUUCCAUUUUUGAUGAAAGCAGUUCGGAAUCUGAUGAAAAUGGCCCGCCACAAAUGCAAAUGAAAAAGGCUCCCAUGGGACCGAGUCUUAUGGAAAAACGUAAGGCUAAGAAUUUACAAGAAAAGGCCUUGGCAGAAGAUCCCACAAUUUUUCAAUAUGAUGAACUAUAUGAUGAAAUGGAAAAUAAGCGUGAAGAGGAAAAGCAAGUUAAAAGUAAUGAACCAAAAAAGGCGCGAUAUAUAACUAAACUUAUGGAAACGGCGGAAAGACGCAAAUUGGAAAAUGAGCUGAGAGUCGAAAGACAAGUACAAAAAGAACGUGAAGCUGAGGGGGAAGAAUUUAAAGACAAAGAAAAGUUUGUUACCUCGGCCUAUCGCAAGAAAUUGGAAGAAAUGCGCAAAUUGGAGGAACAAAAUAAACGAGAUGACUACUUGGAGGCUAUAGGUGAUGUUACCAAACAAAAGGACUUGGAUGGUUUCUAUCGGCAUUUGUAUGAACAGAAAAUGGGCACUUCGAAGGAAGUUAAAAAACCCGAGCUGAAACCAGAAAUAACAAAUGCAGGAGAUAGUGAUGAGGAGGGAGUAUCGUAUAAACCCAUUAAAUCGGGUAAACCCACACAAUCGAGAGCUUAUCGCAAACGGCAAGCUUCCGACGAAGAAGAGGAAAAAGAAAACGAUAUUUCGAUAAAAGAAGAAACAGAGAAAAAAGUACAUUUAACCAAUAAUAUAGAUGCCGAUUCAGAUUUUAGCAUAGAUGACUCCUCCUCCGAAGAGGAUAGUGAUAAUGAAGCUAAUACUAAAAAUAAAAAACCUAAAAUUACAAAAGAUUCUUCAACACCUGAAGAUUCGAAAAUCUCCAAGACUCCUUCCAAUUCCAUGGCUCUUAAUUUGAAAUCCCUUAAGCCGGAAGAGCAAAAAGAUAGUCAAAUUGAAAAACCUAAAAAAGAGGAAGAGAAACCGUUACCCAUUCCUUCGGUGGAAGUAACUAAAGAAGAUCUACCUCCACCCAAACCUAAACGUGAUAAAGCUGAAGUUUGGCGUAAACGUACAGUGGGUGAAGUGUUCGAUGCAGCGGUGCAAAGAUAUUAUGAACGCAAAGCUGCCAGAAAUCAAGCAUAAAAUAAAAUUUAAAGAAAAAAAUCAA